CAGGGUUAUAUUGGUGAUUCCCCUUGCCACUUUAUUGUUAAGCCAAUGGGUUUUUGGUUUGAGUUUGUCUUGCCUUCACCUACUCAACAUGGCAUCUUAUUGGCUGGUUUGCGUAGCUUGCUUACGAGGGGGGAUGUUCCAGUUAGAAUCGUCCCAGUGAACAAGCACCAAACCAGCGGUAAGUUGUUGGUUGCAAAGCACCGUACGUCAAAAGUGAUUUUAUGCUCUCAAGUGAUGAUUUAAAUGUACAAUUUAUAUCAAAUAGUUUGUAAAUGUUAUUCAAACAUCACACAUAAGAUGCAGGGGUUUUUGGAGAAUAUUUGUUGUGCAUUUUGUUGUAGAGAAUUCCCACCAGUAUUAGCUAGCAACUUACUGUGUCUGGUGGUGGGGGUUCAUAUAUUUUGUACAGUGCGUGAGUGCAGAGUUGGAUGGUGAGACGGGCAUUGCAUGACGUGCAAUUUUGUGUCGUUCUUAUCAGAAUAAAGCUACAUGAUUGGUGCUACAUAUUGGAGUUCCGUGUCGAUGACUGAUGUACACAACGCCAGAAGAGUACUGUUACAGUUAGCAGGCAGAGAAUUUACUGUUAACGGAAUUGAUUUCCUUCACAUGGUAAUUUGGGGGAAAGGGGCUGGACAGAACCAAAGCAUCAAAAGCCAACUAUUUUCCUCUGUUAAAGCUGCAGCAGGUCAGUCUGGAGGAAGCAGACUUUGCUAGCAAUAGUGCAAAAAGAGAUAGACCCUGCUGCAGCUGAACAGGAGGGGAGAGACUCAAUUCUCUCACACACUCUGGUUCGCUUUCUGUUCCUUCUGACCCUGCUGCAGCUGAACAGGAGGGGAGGGACUCAAUUGGCCUGCUCUGCUGAUCCUGAGUCGUGUUCAGGUUAUGUGAUGCACACACAUGGCAACCACACUGCAGUUGAUCAGUGGUGGAAGAGGCAGUUCAUUUGAAUUCCACGGCAUGAACAACGGUGCCACCCUCAAGAAGAUUGGAGUGGCGGUGGAAGGCUGGCAGGUCAAAGCUGUACGGGAGGAGCUAGUGGACAGGCGCGUUGCGACCUUUGGAGAUGCAAACACUUUCAAUGAGUUUGAGUUAGACCUCGGCGAGCGCAUCACCAAGCUGUCACUGUGGGGUAACGGCGCCGGCACACGUCUGGGUGCCAUCAAGUUCAUAACGAGUGAGAAUCUGCAGUUCUUUGAAAAAAUGGCCAGCUGGCCACUGAAGGCUGAGUACACCAUAGAUGUGGGGUCCGGAAUCUGCCUGGGGCUGCAGGGCAGGUAUGGCUCGGACAUUGACUGCAUGGGCUUCCUCUUCAUCAAAACCAUCAAGUCGUCCGUAAUGACUGACAUGGAGUAUCCCACCCUGUCCCUCUUCAAACCCCAGGUGACCCCAGAAUAUGUGAAAUCCAUGUCUCACCACAACGACACCUCUUCGGUUCAAGAAUAGGCCAUUACAUACAGCAAAACCCUGACCAAGACUUCCUCCUGGUCCGUCAGCAACAAGAGAGUCGACCUUGAGUGUGUCGGUCAAAGAUCUGGUCGAGGUGUCAUCAGGGUUCAGCUUGACCGUGGGAGUGGAGCAAUCCACCAGCCUGCAGAAGAC